GCUCUGAAGUGUGUGAUCCGGAUCUGUUUCUGGUGGCAGUCUUGGCUUUGGAGUGCAGCCCUGCUCUGCUCGCAGCGGCUCGUCACAGAGGGCGGCUCUUUGACCGCUCUUUACGCAUCAUUAUAAAGGCUUAACUCCCUCCCUCUGCGCGCUGUCCCGUUCCGCCGCCGCUGCGAGCCCUCAGUGUCUGGAUCUAUGCUGUAGAUAGAUGGGUUUGAUGCCACACGCCGUUAGACUCCAGUCCGCAAAGGUUCAAAGUUUGAUUUUACAUUUUUUGCCGUUCUUGUUCCUCUUCUUCUCCCCGGGGCUUUGUUUCUCCUCUGCUUGGAUACCGCUGACUUAGGCAUUGGAUAUGUGCACACAGGAUGAUGACAACCCCUUUCCUCCCCGUAGAAGUAAAAUAAAAUAGGCUUUCGCACACACUGGAUUUACUCCUGCCGUUCCAUAUGAAGAAGCCAAAAAUUUGGAUACGCGUCUGUGUCUAUUUACUGCUGUUCAUCACGCUUGGGGUACAUUCAAGUAAAUUUGACGUCAACCCAGUGACAGAUGACAUCUUUCGACUCUCUGUUUUGAGACAAAACAUUCCUAAAGAUUACAAAAUUCCUGUAACAUUCAUUCCAAGGGAAGAGGGAGGGAUGUGUUGGGUAAAAUUAAACGUCUUCUACUUGGAGGAGAGUUUACAAGGCUUAAGCGACAAGUUUGGAAACAUUUCAUCCAACAGAAAAGAUAUUAGCAUAUUCAUCCAAAUGCUCCAAGAGCUGCGGCUCAACAUGAUGUCUGUGGAGCCGAUCAUGUAUGAUUUUGAGUGCCACUACAGGGAGGAGCGGUGGCAGACGGCGCAAUACUUUGACUUUGUCAAAGACUUCCUUAUAGCUGCACAGAAUAAAGAAGAUUCAGAUGACUGUGAUCCUCCUCCCUGUCCCACAACACCAUACACAGUAACAACAGAAGAAUAUUCAACAAAAUCAACAUCUUCCUCCAGCAGUAAAGAGUGUCUAACAGACUGCAAACCACAUCAUGAUCAUCAGAAGAUCCUGACUGAGGUGGUGGAGCGAAGCCUUCUUUCCUUACUGUUCAUUCCACUCCUAGCUCUUGUAUUCCUGCUUGUGUGGAAGGUCCGAUCACGGAGGAACGAGGAGGGUCUUCAACAGAAUCCUGGAGAAGACGGACUCUUUGCAGGAACGGAAGCGAGCGCACCUCCACUAGAUGCUGAAAUAUCAGAAAAAAACAAGUUGAACGUCAUUGAAAUAGUGUAACGCCUCCACCCGUCGAUGUUCUUCAGCAUUAUUGGGCUCUCUACUCUUUGCUCCAGUUGGCGUCCAAAGGUGAUGAAAAACAACCACAAAGCUGAAUUCCAUAGCGAGAUCUCCAAGGUAAAAAAGGCCUGUUUUUGACUGCUCUUCAGACGUAAAGGCUGGCAGACGCCUCAAGAUUCCUCUGGAUAAAAAACAAAACAGCGCCUGCUACCUACCUACCGAACGGAUCGGCUUGCCUUUCUUGUAAGACUGCAUUAACCCCGUGCUUUUUGAAAAGACUUUAGCAGAGAGAAACCCGCCGUACCACCACACCCUCAACUGGAUCCUCCAUCUGAACCUGCUGCACCAUCGGGGAGAACUUCCCUCUCUGCACCUUGCUACAGUCUGGUUUUUUUUUGUUUUUGUUGUUGGACCCACCAGUUCAUCUUCACACAGCAGAGCAGAGAGUGACUGACUGGUAUCUCUUGUGUGAACUGAGGCAUGAAUUACUACCUCCGGUGACCCCCCCGUUAACACACCCUCCACCGCUCUACAGUUUCCUCUUCCUCAUCCAGGGUUUCCUCCAGAAUAUAACGUCGUAGUUCCACGGUGUAGUCUCGUCGUCUGCUUCGGGCAUGUACCCUCGGGGGUGUUUGAUGUAUUUAUUUAUUGGCGGCGGCACUGAGCUGCUGCUGUUGAUACAACUGAAAUGUUUCAAGCAAUCAUUUAAAGAGCACCUCUACUAAUGGGUCACAUUUAAAGAACAAUCUAUAUAUUAACACAUCAUAAACCCCAAAAAAACACAUUCUUGAACAACUUGCAUUUCCUCAUGUGACGUUGUUGUCGUCGUUGUUGUAUUUGUUGUUGUAUUUGUCGUUGUUGUUGUUGUUGUUGUCGGUAUAUAUGACUCGGGUGAUUUCUGUCGUGUGAAUGGAUUACAUGGAGAACAAAACACAUAUAUAGAAGAUAUGCUGCUUUGACUAACUUACAUUUAGACCAUUGAAAUCUGCUUCUGAAUAUCAGGGAUGACUUCUGUGGAUCCAGGAUGUGUUUUUUUUUUGUUUUUGUUUGUUUUUGUAAAAAAAAAAGUUUUAAAAAGAUGAGAAAAAAGGGGAAUUCAGAACGUAGGUCUUAAGACAACGCUGGGCCUCCUGUAGUUGAAAGUUAGUUCUCCGAUGCCUUCAUGAUUGUUUGUUUUUUUUACUUUUCUCUCCUUUUAUGCUUGAAAAGCAAAAAACUGUUACAGAGGGGAUUCUUUUGACGGCCAUUCCUCGACGAAAGGAAACUAAAAUCUUUGUAAAAAAAAAAAGAAAGAAAUUGUGUAAAAGCAAGAAACACAUGUUGGUAAAAAGUGAUUGAAAUAAUAACAUUAAUAAUAAUAAUAAGAUUGAAUAUACAAAUGCCAUAUAAUAUUAUAUUUUAAAAUCAAGCUAUAAAUUCUUGCCUGUUCACUCAACGACCAAAUAUACUCAUAUAACAAAUCAAAUCAAUCUGUUCUUACUGACUUUGCCUUCGUCCACUAUCAGUGUUGUGUUUGCAGAAGUGAAACCCAAAAAAAAAUCGAGACAAUCUGUCACAGCUAGUUCAUGCAUUUAUCAAGAAUCUGUAGAAAAAGGAUGAUACCACUGUUGUAGGAACUCUUUACAGACAUGCACCUUAGUUUUCACACCCAAAAAUAUCAGUUUUGCCUUAAAAGUUGUAAUACACUGUCAAAGGAAGAGCACUGUCAUGUCCUGUCACACAAUAAUGUGACUUUAAAGUUUCUUUUUGUUGUUUUGUUGAAAGAAGCACGGUGCAUUUUCUUUCUCUCUGCAAGAAAUUAUUUACUGGAAGCCAAAAUUUCAAACAGUCGGCAUGACAUUUUUUCUUUUUUUCUGCUCCGCAUGCAUCCAAACUGCAGAAGCCCUCGGGCUCAUUCCAGCAUUAGAUCAAUGAGCCCCUCCCUGCCUUUGUUUCUUCAUGCACUCUCAGAUCUGAUAAGUGCGGAGCUGGAGGUGCUCCCUUUCUCAGUGAUGACAGAUCUUAUCAGAGCUGCUGCUGCUGCUGCUGCUGGCGGAGGGGGGAGGAAGUCAACGGGUUUAAAGACGAGAUCUAAACGGCUCCGACUCCCACAAAGCCUUGCUCCAUAAAGCAAAGCAAGGGCGGAUUAAAUAAGGAAUAAAACUGAAUUUGGGGGUUAUUAAUGACAAUCAGUGAAGAGGACCUUUAAUAAAGUGGCAGGACACAAACACACUAAACUUCUUUCCAUAUCUAGUCUGAGUAUUUCUAUCAUGUUUGUGGUCUUACAUUGUCCAUUCUUGGUUUUCGUGCCUUGUUUGAUUCGUGUGAUUGACUCCGUGUGUAAAUGUCAAAAAAGAAAAAAAAAGCCUGUCUGUGUUUCUGUGUGGUAGCAGGAAGUGAAGAGAUCGUGACAGGGCAGGUUAGAACAAUCUCGCCACAGUAAUAACUCAGUAGAAAUCAGAAAUCAGCCCCUCAUGGCAGUUUAGUUGGCUCGACCUGUGCUCGAUCCGGAUUCGGAAGGCGGUUUAUUCAGGAAUAAAAAGCAGUGCUUCAGUGUGUGAAAACUCAGAAUAAACUGCAGUGGUUGUGACAUUUCUGUUACUUUUUUUUUUUUUUUUUUUUUUGCAACUUUUAGGAAACAGUUCAGCCGGUAACUCUGCGUGUUUCAUGUGUAUUUGGGACUAUAUGUUGGGAAUUUUUCUUGUAGGAGGAGGAGUAUAUUGUGCAAAAUUGAAUCUGUGUUUGAAAAAAGUAUAAAAAAAAGUUAAAAAAAAAAAAAAAAAGUAUACCACAUUGGUGUUCAUAUAGUUCAGAGCAACAGUACCUUUCAGCAUCAAUAGCUGGAAUUCUUUGGUGUGGUAAAGUAUUGCUUGUCAUGUUGAACUGCAAGAUCAUUUUAUUCAUUCAAAAAUGCAUUUUUUGAACUAUUAGCAACCCCCCGUGCCAUAUCCUCUAUGGCAGUUUAGAGCCGAGUCUGUGUCGGAAAAGAAGAAUACCACAUUGGUGUCGCUAUAAUCCACAGCAACAGGACUUUAAACAGGAAUAUCUGGAAUUGUUUUUAAAAAAAAAACCUAUUUAAAAAGCUUUUAGCUCGGGAAAAAAAUGCAUUUUUGAACAAAAGCGUAUAAUAAUCUCUGGCAGUCUAGACCUGAGACUUUCGUCCAAUCCACUUUAGGUUUUCGCUUCUCUCCAUGAAGACUAUUACUGCAGUCCCCAGUAUUCAGACAGAGACACGGGCUCGUCUCGCCACAAACAACCAAACUAACAAACAAACAAACAAACAAACUCUGUCCAAAGUUGCUUUUUAUACAUAGUCUAUGAAUAUCAUGAGCUGCAACAGGUCUAAGCUGUGAACAAAAAAAACAAAACUGACAAAAAAAAAAGAACAUGGUCUCCCAUUUUCCUGUCUAUGCAAGAGCCACAAACAGUCGGAAGCGCGGCUGACGCGCGGAGACGAGCGACUCCGCGCGUCAGCCGAGAGAACGACUGGCCUGAAAUACUGAUCUACUGCUGUGAGGUCUGAGAGUGAGCAGAGCUGAACAGAUCCAACCGUCCCGCUGCAGGGGUCCAUCCAACUAAACGGCUCUAGGCAGGAAAUAAGACUGGGUGCCAAAAAGCAAAUGUAAUUAUUGCCCAGUUGGUAUUCUGGGUGAAAACUCUACUGUUUUCUGUAUUUUUGUAUAAAUGUAAAGAAACAUAUAUGAGAUAUGAAUAAAGUACACGUAUCCAACUGUAA